CGAACCCCAAAGGCUUAUUUGGUAGCCGAAAUCAUUAAAUUAAAAUCCUCUCUCCUCUUUCUCUCCCUCUUUCUCUCAAUCUUCCAUGGAAGAAAUGUCAUCAUACUACUAUACCCCACCACCUCCACACCCACACCCACCUCCACCACCACCUUCCGAUAUUCACUCCGCCCUCUUCAACACUCACUACCACCCUCCUCCUCCGUCGCAACAUCUGCCGCCAACGGCGGCUCUACAUCACUCUCACCACCUUCCUCCGCCUCCUUCUUCUUACUCCCACCAUCCACAACCCCCACAUUCUUCUCACGAUGAAGUUCGCACUCUUUUUGUUGCCGGACUUCCCGAAGAUGUCAAACCUCGCGAAUUGUACAAUCUCUUCCGCGAUUUUCCUGGCUACUUGUCCUCCAAUCUUCGUUCUCCUUCCAAGAGUUCUCAGCCAUUCGCUUUCGUCGUGUUUGCGGAUCAAAAGUCUGCAGUCACUGCAAUGCAUGAAAUAAAUGGCAUGGUCUUUGAUCUAGAAAAAGGAUCAACCUUAUACAUUGACCUUGCAAAAUCUAAUUCACGAUCUAAGCGUCAAAGGACAGAUGAUGAAGGACCUGCUUCAGAUAAGAAACAUAAGGGAUCUCCUGCUCUUUUAAGAGGCAGUUUUGAGUUGGCAGGUAUUGGCAGCUUUCACAUUCAUGGGAUGGGUAAUUCUGCUUACAACACGAUUGGUUAUACAUCUGCACAAAGUCGUAGGAGCCAUAGUAUCAGAGGCAUCAGUGAAGCGAAUGCUACCAAAUCUAGCCAUAGUUCAGCUUCCCAUAUUCCGCAAGAUAACCCACCAUGUCCUACAAUUUUUGUGGCUAAUCUAGGUCCUGAUUCUUCAGAACAAGAGCUUACUCAAGUUUUUUCAAGAUGCCGUGGAUUCUUAAAGCUGAAGAUACAGGGCACAUAUGGGGCUCCUGUUGCAUUUGUUGACUUCCAGGAUACUGCCUGCUCAACUGAGGCUUUGAGUCAACUGCAAGGCACAGUCCUUAUCUCGUCUUCAUCUGGUGACGGCUUGCGUUUGGAAUACGCUAAAUCAAGGAUGGGGAUGCGAAGAAAGCCCAAGUAGUUUGAAGUUGAAUAAAUCUCCUAGAGUGGAGAUGUUAAAGGAUUUGCUUGUACGAUUUCACAGAGGUUUUUUCUAAGACAAUUGUGCUAUUAAAAUUUUGGGUGUCCAUCUGCAUUUGCUGAUUGUAGUUGGUGAUCAAUUAACUUCAUUUGUAAUUUUAUUAAGAGGUGUUUUUAAAAAAUCUUUGUUGGUGUAUAACUUUUACGGAGUAUUUAGCCUUUAUUUAGUUAGUUUGGUUAUUACUGUUUGCCAUUUGGGUAUAAUAGAUGGAAUCAGAGUAAGAAUGGAUUGGAAGACUACCCCCUGUCAAUCACACAAGCUAUUACUCUAGGAAGCAUAAGCAUAUAUUCGAAGUUAUUUCCAAGGGGAAGAAAUUUCAUGUUUUUUAUUCCUACA